AAAUUGCGUUCAAUUUUCAAUCAUGAUUUGAAAUUUGAUUUGGAAUCAAAGUCACAAAAUCCUCAAUUGACAAAAAUGUUACCACAAUUUAAUUUACUGAUUCGAUCGAUAAAUAAACGAUCAUUGAAUAUAUGGCCAUACAAACAUGGUUUGAUUGAUACUCAAAAUGCUUCAAACAGAAUUGUGAUAACUCGAUAUUUGAGUUCCCAGAAUAAUUUGACACCAAUAAUCCAAAAAAAUUCAUCUGGUCAUUCAUCAUCAUCACCAUCAUCCGCAGCAGCUAAAUUAUCAUCAAAAAAUCCAUUAACAUUGAUAACAAAAAAUAUUGGCCAAUCAAUUGAAUCGACAAAUAUGGCCAUAAAACAACGAUAUCGAUCAUUUAAACGUAAAAUUCGUAUCUAUACUAUUACAUUUAUAAUGACAUUUAUAUUUGUUUAUGCUUUCAUUGAUCAUUCAAUUCGAACUGUUAUAUAUGAAUUUUUACAUGAACAAAAUCUAAGUUCUUAUAUAACACCAUUGAUGAUUACAAACAACAAACAAAACGAAAAAUGAAUUCAAAAAUUUUCCAAAAUCAAAUCAAAUCGAAUUUCCGACAACAACAACAACAACAACAAAAAAAUUCCAA